CUCCUCCCCAAAUACCAAGGCAUACAGUACCACAGCUACACACCCACUUUGCAACCCCUGCACUGAGGGACCAGCGCUUUUUAAGUUACCUGCCUCUCCCAACCUCAGAGUACACAGAGCGGGCGCUGAGGCUCGGCAAGUGUAGGAGCCCCCAACCGGUGACCGCCGCCUGGGCUAUGGGGACUGAGCAGGAGACUCCACGGCCGAGGGACGGACACGCAUCGGAGCCCGCGUUUCGGUCCCAAAGUUCGCCUCGAGCGCCUCCUGGACGCCCGCGCACCUCCGCCAGGGGCUCGGAGGUCCCCGGUUCUCUCGGACCGCGACCCAGGCGCUUCCUCGAGGGGGCCUGUCCGGGGAGCGCGGGACGCACGGCUGGCGUCUCCCGGUGCUCGGCCGCCGCUCCGUGUGGGGCGUCUCGCGUGCAGCCCGUGCCCUCCCCCGCCUGGAGGGCUCUUUCUGCGCCCGGACUUCUCAGCGCGCGCGCAAGACCCUCACCCGGGACCUGCCCGCUCCCGUCCCCUCAGACUCGACGCCGCAGCCCGGUCCCCUCAGCCCCACGGCCCCGCAGCCCCGGCCCUCCUCGAGCCCCGACCCUUCGGCGCUUCCCCGCCCUCCGGACUGCCCCUCGACCCGCGGCCCCGCCGCCCCCAGCGCCGCCCCGCACCCGGACACUGACCUGCGGCGGCACCCCGCUCCGGCGUCCCGGCGGCCGACCCGAGCGCCCCAGGCUGCGGCUUAGGCGCGGGCGCGGGCUCGGGUUCCGGCUCGGGCUCAGAACCACAGUGCGAAGGGUGAGACACACCGGCCUGGAGAUGGGGCUCGGCCUCGUUCGUUCCUCACAACCACCGCUGGGAGGCGGCUCAGAAAUGGUCCCAUUUUACAGAGCGGGCGUUCGAACACAGCUCAGAUAG